AUGUCCGUGAGGGAAUAUCCAGAGCCAAAGUCGAAUCCAAACCAGGUUGACAGACCAGAGGAUCAGAGAGCCGAAGUGGCACCGCAGGAGAAUCCAAGCAAAGGUUUUCCUUGUGAGUGCGUCUAUAAGGUACUGAGCGACCCGAGCGCUGCGCGGCAGCACUGCACCUCGGUGCGCCCUGGACCCCCGGUCCCCCCCCCUCCCUCCGUUCCUCCUCAUCCACCCCCACGCUCUCUGCUCAGCUCCAGCCUCACACACGUCGCUGUUGAGGACUAUGACCCCCCCCACCCCCCGCACCGCCACCCUCCCCUCACACCACUGCCUGCCACCAUCUCUGCGAUCCUGCGCUCUCUCUCGCCGGCUCCGCCGCUCCUUCCUCACUGA